UGAGUUAAGCGAGGUUCGAGUUUUUGAGUUUUGAAUCAAGCCAAUUAAGCCAAAUUUGAGCUUAAAUCUCUAACUCGAAUGAGCUCGAACUCGAACUCGAACCCAAGCCUUAUAGUCUUCCGUCGAGCCGAGUUCGAAUAGGGGUCGGCUCGCUUCAAUCCAUCCACCCCUAGUCCCCUAGUCGUAAAUAAUCGACAGCCGCACAUACGGGGCAUAACGCCGGCAAUUAGUUGCUGCGUAAAACACUUAUCCGUGGUUCCGAACAAGCGUGUGAGGUGAACGGAGGAUUUUCGAUGGCUAUCUCACUCACACACUCCAUUGUCUGCAGACCCUCGUCUUUGUUCCAAAGAUACUGCUUCAGAAACUUCACUGUUCCGUUCUCUUCCACUUAUGCAACAUCUUCAGCUCUGUCUGCAAAUAAGGUUCGGAGCCACAAAUGGCGACAGCCAGUUGUUUCUGUGCUAGAGAUCGGUGGAGUCAAGAUUGGAAGAGAUGAUGUGGUGAGGGACGACCCCACAAACAAUGUUCCAGAUACAGUAUUCUCGAAGCUUGGUAUGCAGCUUCAUCGGAGGGAUCAACACCCUAUCGGUAUUUUAAAGAAUGCAAUAUACGACUACUUUGACAAAACUUAUGCAGAAAAGUUUGAUAAGUUUGAUGAUCUUUGCCCCAUUGUUUCUGUAAAAGAGAACUUUGAUGAUGUUUUGGUUCCUGCUGACCAUGUAAGCAGGAGCUACAACGAUACAUACUAUGUUGAUGCACAAACUGUCUUGAGGUGCCAUACAAGUGCUCAUCAAGCAGAACUAUUGAGGAGGGGACACACUCAAUUCCUUGUAACUGGAGAUGUUUAUCGUAGGGAUUCUAUUGAUUCAACUCAUUACCCAGUGUUCCAUCAGAUGGAAGGAGUGCGAGUUUUUAAUCCAAAUGAAUGGGAGGAAUCUGGUGUGGAUGCCACAUCAUAUGCUGCUGGAGAUCUAAAGAAAUGUCUUGAGGGUUUAGCGAGACACUUAUUUGGUGCUGUGGAAAUGCGCUGGGUUGAUACUUAUUUUCCCUUUACCAAUCCAUCUUUUGAACUUGAGAUAUAUUUUCAGGAGAAAUGGUUGGAGGUCUUAGGAUGUGGAGUGACGGAGCAGGAAAUAUUAAAGAGAAGUGGUAAAACUAAUAAUGUUGCUUGGGCUUUUGGACUUGGUUUGGAGCGGCUUGCAAUGGUUCUAUUUGAGAUACCGGAUAUUAGGCUUUUCUGGUCAACUGAUGAGCGGUUUACCUCUCAGUUUUCUGAAGGUCAACUCGGGGUCAAGUUCAAGCCAUUUUCAAAGUUUCCUCCUUGUUACAAAGACAUGAGUUUUUGGAUCAGUGACUCAUUCACCGAGAACAAUUUAUGUGAAGUUGUUAGGGGAAUUGCUGGGGAUCUUGUGGAGGAGGUACGACUGAUUGACAAUUUCACAAACAAGAAAGGAAUGACCAGCCAUUGUUAUAGAAUUGCAUAUCGAUCAAUGGAACGCUCACUUACUGAUGAGGAGAUAAAUCAGUUCCAGUGGAAUGUGAGAGAAGAAGUGCAGAACAAGUUGAAUGUUGUUCUGAGAUGAGAUUUCUGUCCCAAGUCCAUGAAGCUGUAGUUUUGUCAUGUAUAUUUUAUUCAUCUGUGCUUUAAUUUGCAGGCCAUAUUUCCUUGAUUAGCCUUUUCCCCAACUUAAUUUAUCACGACUAUUACUUACAAGUCAAUAAUAAAUUGUUGUAGAUGGUGCCUUUGAAGAGAAUUAAUUAUUUAAAGGGAUUUUAGCCGAUAAGGAUAA